AUGUCCUCUCCUCCCCAGGGGACAUUCCAAUUGUUCCCGACAAUGCAGCCCUCGAGCAGACAGGGUAACAGUAGCAAUGCUGCUACGCGUGUUCACCGCCCCCGGAGGGCCAAAUCACCGCGAAUGUCGCCGGUCCUCGAAGACGCAAAGAAGGGUAUCUCCAUCGCCAUCAACCAUGUCGAGAUCAACUAUGUCAAGGUCAACGGAAAGCCAGUCGCCAAACUCGCGGCUGAAUGGAACUUCACAGCACAAGUUUGCCGUCUUUCCCCCUCCAAGGUCGUCAACGUCCACUCCGAGCAGAUCGAAGUCUACAGCGGCCUCGUCACGCAAGAGAGCAAAGACAGUCAACUCUACGAGCUCACCGGGCGACUCUGGAACAUGGUCAUCCCCUUCAACGUCCGAGAGUGA